UCAAACACGUGCGGACACAUACGUGGGCGAUGAACUAUGGUGCUCCACUCAGCUGUUAAGCAGCUGGUUUGUUUUACGUCCCACCAAUGUUACAGUUACCUGCUUGUGUUUUUUUUACCGUACUUAAUUCGAGCCUCGUGAUUUGUCGAAGCACAGAGCUGGCUGCUUACGAGAACCAACUGGUACGUGAGACUAAAAGUUUUUAAAGCAAAUCGUGCCAUUGAGUGGAACAAAGUAAGGAAACCUAAGCGCUGCAAAAUACCAGUCUCUUCGCCCCUCUGUUCCCCGCCAGCUUGGCUCCCCUGUGAAAGCAACAAGCGGAAAGGAUGAGUGCAACCGCAGUAAAUACCAGCGCCGACGGCAGCGCGAUCUCCGCCAAAGGCAAGUCUGCCAGAUUCGCUGCGGUCAGAAGCGUCCAAAUCUACGAAGAAGCGGCCGAAACAACCGAGGCUACCAUGGCUGCCAUAUUAGAAUCCUUCGACCACGCAUUCCUACGCGACGACGACCUUCCUGACGCCGCAGCGGAGGCCGGCGGGCAGCAGCAGCAGCCUCGGUGCCAGUUCAUCGACGUUGGCUGCGGACCCGGAACUUUCACGCUGAAGCAGCUGUUGCCCCGUCUGCCGUCCCGGUGCCAGAGGCUCGUGGCGGUCGACAACUCCGAGGCCAUGCUGGACUUUGCGCGAGAGCACAGGGCUGACCCGCGGAUAGAGUAUAGAACCCUAGACCUGGCGGCUGAAGUCGACGUCGCUCGAUUUGUACGUGAGCACGGACGUUUCCAAAGGGUCUACUCGUUCCUGGCGAUACACUGGACGGCCGACCAGCGUAGCGCCAUGAGGAAUAUCGAGACGCUAAUGGCACCUGGCGGGGAGUGCUUCCUCGUGUUCUCGGACAACAUAGUGCUGUUUGACAUCUUCAAGGCCAUGAUGACUCAGCCGCGGUGGGCGAAGUACUCGGACAGGUUAAAACCUUACAUCCCAGAGACCGCUGGAAUGAAGGACAUUAGGUCUCUGCGCUCGCACCUGGCCAGCAUUGUGAGCGCGACAAACCUCAUUCCGCUUGCUUGCGAAGUGUUUCGUACCAAGGCCAUCAUGAAGCUGAGCCGCGACAUAUCUCCAGAUUUCUUCGUCUUGUUGAACCCUGUCUACCCCCUGCUAGAGGAAGCUGAAAAAGCUGAACUGAAGAAGUUCACACUCGACUUCGUCCGUAAACACAGCACCACCGGGGACCCUUACAAGGAACAGAUAAUGCUCGUCAUCCACGCAUACAAGUCUACCAACUGAAAAACAAGAGGAAAGGAACGCUCGUACUUUUUUCCAAUUUUCGCGUGUGCGUUCUAAAUUGGCCAGAUUUAUCUCCAUCUUCAAAACUACCCUCUUAAUGUCGAAUAUAUGUAUCUCUGUAGUCUCCAAGUAUCCUAAAUAAA